AUGAGAUUAACAGAGAUAAAACUAGAAAAAGAGAGAGAAGCCAUGAGAAACAGCAUAAGAUGUUGCAUAUCUUGCAUCCUCCCAUGCGGAGCCCUCGAUGUAGUCCGCAUAGUACACUGCAACGGCAGAGUUGAAGAAAUCAGUGGCACUGUAAAAGCAAGUGAAAUCAUGAAAGCCUAUCCAAAACAUGUUCUCAAGAAACCUUCUUCUUCGUCGGAAGAUGGCGUUGUUCCUAAGAUCGUCGUUGUUCCUCCCGAUGCAGACCUCCAGCGCGGCAAGAUUUACUUCCUCAUGCCUCUACCUUCGCCGCCGGCAGAGAAAAAUAACCACCGCCAUGGGAAAAACUCUUCGAAUGGGAGAAAGAAAAGAAAGGAAGAUAAUAAUAAUAAUAGUACUAUCGCUACUACCAACAACAACAUUGGAAACAGUGGUUUGGUCGUGUCUUCUGAUCAGUACUUGACUGAGAUUUUGUCUGAGAAACUUUCGUGUCAGAGAGACAGAAGAAGAGGACGUGUUGCUGUGUGGAGACCUCACUUGGAGAGUAUUUCUGAGUCACCGAAUCAUCUAUAA